AUGGAGCCCACCUCGGAGCUCUCAGACACAGGGUUCUACCGUCAACGCGCCGAACUAGCGGCCUAUGCGUCCCGAGAACUCAUCAACGUGCCGCUCAGCCAGCGUCAGAAGCACCAACAUCAACAACAACCACGACUUCGGCAGUCCGAACGGACUUCCACUUCGCCCUCACCCACGCCCAUUGUCACAGCCGACGGGGUCAUGCUCGCGGCGAAUUUGAAUUGGUUGGGGCCGGAGGAAGAUGGAGUUGCAUCUGGCAAGGACCAUGUGAAGAGCUUCAUGGAGUAUGAUCCCGCUGCGGAUUCGAAGUUGCCGGCUGAUGGGGAAGACCAGAGCAGAUCCAGGGGGUAUAAUUAUCAUGAUCAUUCUGGGAGGGAAUAG